AUGUCGCUCUCCCGACCGUCCAAUGCAUUCGAUGCUCUCGAGCCAGACGAGUCCUUCUUCGACAGGGAAAAGGCAAAGCUGAUAGAGGAGAUAUCAACGAAUUUCGAAGAGUUGAUGGGUCAUACGAAUGUGUUGAACAGGAAAUUGGAAGAAGUGUUUGGUGUAGGGAAGGAGUUCACUACCGUAGCUGCGUUGUGGGGUAAAUUCAGUGAUUUGAUCAAAGAACAGCAAACCGAACUCGCUCAAUCUGCAGAUAUCGGUGUUCCCGGAACAGGCUCGACUAACUUCGUUACCAAUCCCAAUAAGACCAAUCAGCCAGAGAAGCGAUAA